ACUAACUUCUCUCACUUUCUUCUACCUGGCAACACUUCCAUCGGUGUUUUUUUGCUAUAGAGCAUUUUGUCUGAAAAAAGAAAAUUUUUUUUUUGCAAUGGAAGGUGCAGUUAAGAUUAAUAAUUCUAACAACGCCUUGCCGUUGCCCCAGCGCCAGCAGAGGGGUAAUCUAGCUAAUAAGAAUCUCGGCAAGCAUACAGCCCCCAAGCAAAACGCCGCCACUGAUGGCAAUCCUGUUGAAAAAAAGGCACGAUUCGGGCCGCCGAACACCCAGAAUGGCGGAGGAGUAGCCGGUGGUGGUGGUGGCGGUGGUGGUGGUGGUGGUGGCCGCGGAGGAUUCGCCGGGAACCGCAACCGUGGAGGAGGAGCUGGCGGCAACCAGAACCGGCAGAGUUUCCAGGGUGCCAAUAAUGCUAAUCAGAAGCAGACUAACGAAUCGCCGAAGCCGGUUGCGGGCAAUGUGCCCGCAAAGAACAAUGAACCCGCUGCUGCCAGCCCAAAUCAGCCGAAUCAGAAUGCCGGCCAGGGUCCGGGCACUCAAGGCAAUCAAGGAAACCAAGGAGGCCAGGGUAACCAAGGCGGACAGGGCUUCCGAGGACGUGGUCAGAACCAGCCGAACCUGAACGCUAGCCAGGGAAGUCAAGGAGACCAAGGUGGUGCCGCCAAUCAGGGGGGACAAGGUAAUCAAGGAGGUCCCGGCAAUCAAGGUGGACAAGGCUUCAGAGGACGUGGUGGCGGUCAAAACCAGCCGAACCAGAAUGCUAACCAAGGAAAUCAGGGCGAUCAAGGAGGCUCUGGCAAUCAGGGAAACCAAGGAGGUCAGGGCUUCAGGGGACGUGGUGGUGCCCAGAACCAGAAUGCUAACCAGGGACAAGGCCUGAACCAGGGCCAGGGAAAUCCAGGUGGUCAGGGCAAUCAAGGAGGUCCAGGAAACCAGGGUGGCCAAGGAGGCCAAGGCAAUCAAGGUGGACAGGGCUUCAGAGGUCGCGGCGGCGCUGGCCACAACCAAACUAUCGGCGGCGGUGGAGGAGGAGGAGGAGGUGGUGGUGGUCAACAGCAGCGUGGCAACCGCGGAAACCGCCCUGGAGGACAAGGAGGACUGAACAACACCAUGAUGGGCGGCGGUGGAGGUCAACGCGGCGGCGGCGAAGACUUCUUUAUUGCCCAACGCCUGCGCAGCCUGGGCGGACCCACCAUUGAGCUGCCGCCCAUUGAGGUGCCCACCGAGACCAAGUUCUCUGGCCGCAACCGCCUGUACGUGGGCAACCUGACCGGAGACAUCACCGACGACGAGCUGCGCGAGAUGUUCAAGCCGUACGGCGAAAUCGGUGAGAUCUUCUCGAACCUGGACAAGAACUUUACAUUCCUUAAGGUCGACUACCAUCCUAAUGCCGAGAAGGCCAAGCGCGCCUUGGAUGGCUCAAUGCGCAAGGGACGUCAGUUGCGCGUCCGCUUUGCGCCCAACGCCACCAUUCUGCGUGUGAGCAAUCUAACCCAGUUCGUGUCCAACGAGCUACUGUACCAGUCCUUCGAAAUCUUUGGACCCAUCGAGCGCGCCAGCAUCGUUGUGGACGACCGUGGCAAGCACACCGGCGAGGGAGUGGUGGAGUUCGCCAAGAAGUCCUCCGCCAGCGCCUGUCUGCGCCUGUGCAAUGAGAAAUGCUUUUUCCUGACUUCUUCACUGCGUCCGUGUUUGGUGGAGCCGAUGGAGGUAAACGACGACAAUGAUGGCCUGCCGGAGAAGGCGUUGAACAAGAAGAUGCCGGAUUUCUGCCAGGAGCGAAGCAUCGGACCGCGCUUUGCCGACAUUAAUUCGUUUGAGCACGAGUACGGAUCGCGCUGGAAGCAGCUGCACGGCCUGUUCAAGAGCAAGCAGGACGCUCUCAAGCGUGAGCUGAAAAUGGAGGAGGACAAGCUGGAGGCCCAGAUGGAGUAUGCCCGCUACGAGCAGGAAACCGAACUGCUGCGUCAGGAGUUGAGGAAGCGCGAGGUGGACAAUGAGCGCAAGAAAAUUGAGUGGGAGAUGCGCGAGAAGCAGGCCGAGGAGAUGCGAAAGCGCGACGAGGAGACCAUGCGUCGUCACACGGGCGAGAUGCAGAGCCACAUGAUCCGUCAGGAGGAGGAGAUGCGCAGCCGUCAGCAGGAAAACUCGCUAAUGAGGCAGGCACAGCAGCUCAAUUCGCUGCUUGAUCAGCAGGAGGGAUUCGGAGGCGGCAGCAACUCUGGCUUUGACAACUUCGGGCCCGACUCGCCAUUUGAAGUUUUUAGAAACAAUAACACCAACAAUUCCACAAUGGUUGGAAACAAUGCUGGACUUGGAGGACAGGAUAACCUGGAGGCUUUCGAGUUCGCAGCUGGCGGAAAUCAACGCGGCAACAACGUCGGCGGAAAUAGUGCUCCAUGGGGACGCCGGCGCUUUUAGACAAUGAAGACACUAUACGUAAUGUUAAAUCAUACCGUAAUCUCAUUGAUUGCGCUCUACAUUUGACUUUUUACUCGCCCACGAGUGAACAACAUGAAUUUACACAAAGGGAUCGUGUAAGCGAAUGCAUUCACAUUUAUAACAUUAUUUGAUUUAAUAUUUUUAAAUAUACAUUAAUCGCCUAUCGGUCUCAUCAAGAAAUCCACCAUGAAGUAAACAUAAGGAACGGACAAAAAACCUUAAGAAAUACACAAUCCAAAUCGGCAUGCUAACAUGAUGUGUAGUAUUGUAAUGAACAACAAUUAAAAUUUCCAAUCAUCUUUUAACCAUUACGUACAUCAAUUUAAUCAUAACGAUAAUUUUAGAUAUAUGUAGUAAUUAUCUCCAAUAACACGAUUACUUUUUGUCUAUCAUUCGCAUUAAAUAUAUGAAGGUAUGACUGAAAUUAUCAAUGUCUAUUCGUGGAGAAUUAGGAUAAGGGGUCUUAGCAAGUAUAGGUAGUUGGCCAACAUUGAUUUGAAUUGGAUUGUAUGAGGGGCUACCCAUCUUUAAUUUGUUCUUAAAUUUCAGUGUAUUUUUGAUCUGCAACUAUGUCUACUGAAUAAUUUUAAAUAAAAACGGCUCUGAUACUCAAUGA